CGAGGAACUGAGUCGCGUGAUUGUAAAGUACGCUCUUGGCGGUGCUCAAGAAUCGAUGAACGAGUACUUGGUUCAAGUCGUGUCGAAGGAGGAGUACAACAAGUAUGCCAGAAUUUUAAGUAGGUGCCCUUAAGACGCUGCAAAGUACGAGGAAUUUAAAAAUCGAGAGAUGGGUUCGAAAUCGGAACAGGUGAAUGAUGACGAUAGAGCUAAAUCACGCAAAGGUGAAUCGUCACGCUCGGAACGGACCAACGACCGACGACAAGAGCGCGUCGCUCCUUCAGUUCCACCCAGCGAAAGAAGAUCACGUGAACGGGAUCGAUACGAUCACCGAUCCCACCGAGAUCGAGAGGAGAGCGACAAGCGAAACGCUGUGAAAAGUAGUGACCGAUCGCGAGAACAGAAGAAAAAUCACGACCAACGUGAACGAUCGUCUGAACGGUCGGAACGACGACGGCGCAGUCCACCACUUGAUGGGAAAAGCGGUGGCAGUUCGCGUCGAAAGGAAAGCACACGAAGCACUAGUGGUAGUGAUAGUGAGCGUAGUAAAUCGGACAGCGAUAGCGAUGAACGUAGGAAACAUAAGAAAUCGUCCUGCUCGUACGUACGGACGUCAUCGGGGACGAAGAAAAAAUCACACAAAUACAAACAACGCCGGGAGCGACGGGAUGAACGUGACUCGUCGUACGAUCGGCGCGAUCGUAGACGGCACGGGUCGGACUCGGAGUCCGAUGACAAGCACCAUAAGAAAAAGACCAAGAAAAGUAAAAAACCCCGCAGUCGAUCCCGCAGUCGGCGAUAGAAACGAAGCCUGUGAGCUUAAUAAGUUUCCUGAUAAUCCUAUAGUCUGAACUGAAUUGAACUGAAAUAAAUGACCCAUCGUCCUUUGUGACGGAAUGAAGAAACACAUUUUAUUUUGGUUAAGGUGUGUUUUGCUGGAUUGGAUAAAUCACAACGAAGAAAUAUUUCAGUUCAUUUUCAAAGGACACCCACGUGGACUAAUGGAGGCGCAUGGUGCUUCUUGAUGGUGAUCCAAUUAGUUAGUGAAUUUAAAUUACUAAGAACUCAAGGAAUGUAAUUGAAAUUAUUUGUGUUUUAUCUUUUCCAAUUACGAAAAAUAUAAUGUAUUUUUUC